CGUGGGAGGUCAGAGCACUUGGCUGAGAUUUUCGGGAUGUACGGUCAAAUAAAAAGUUGUGAUUUACCACCGGAGAGGUUUUAUCCACAUCUCCAUAGAGGUUAUGGCUAUGUGGAGUAUGAAAAUGCUGAGGAUGCUGAGAAGGCUUUGAAGUAUUUCGAUGGUGGUCAAAUCGACGGCCAAGUGGUUAGCGUAGAACUGACGCUAAAUCGCAUUGUUUCCCGCCGUUCUCCACCUCUCCAUUCUUUUUUCAACUAUUGCAAAUUACUGUGGUACAGUCCUCGACGACGUUCACCGGUUGGAAGAGAACGUGGAGGAGGAAGUGCAAACCUUGUCCCACUUGGAUCAAGCCGUUUUAAUCGCAGUCGUUCACGUUCUCCGCGUAGAAGACGCAGCAGGUCAUAA